AUGUCCUUCUCAUUCGGAUUCUCCGAGGAAGGUGAAAUCAACGCCCCCAAAGUCGACACAAAUGCCGUCAAGGCGUUCAUGGACUCGCAAAUGGACAUUUCUCCAGACUUUAUGCCCAAGAAGUACUCCUUCCGAAUGAUGCUGGAACGGGUCAUGGGAAAACGUCUCACUUACCAGCCUCUGCAAAUCUCUGCAGACACACAACUUCUUCGCCGAGAGCUCUAUGACGUCAAGCAUCAGCUGAUGGGCGAGGAUAACCUGUCAGCCACCGACGAACUGCUUCUGGGCACCACUAACGAGGAUCUCAAGGUUGCGACCUACGAGGGAGGUCUCAAGGCCUGGGAGUGCAUGCUGGACCUGACCAAGGUGCUGGAGGGUUGCCAAUGGACCCAGGGCUCGGCUAUUGAGCUGGGAUGUGGCCAGGGACUGCCUGCUAUUUAUCUGAUUCAAAGACUGCUCAAGUCUGGAAACCCGGGAAAAGUCACUCUGGCAGACUACAACGACUCUGUGCUGGGCUUAGUGACUGCCCCCAACGUGCUACUCAACCUGUGCAACUUGCUGACGGUUGAGGAGCUGUCUGCGCUGCAGACUACAAACGAAGAUGCCGCCGAGGGUCAGACUAGAGUGCAGGAGGGAGAACUGGAUGUGACAAGUGCCCUAGUGGACCGAAUCGAGCAGUUGUUGCAGGAAAAGGGCGUUGAAGUCGAGUUUGUGGCCGGGGCUUGGAGCCCCGAGUUUGUGCGGCUCGUCGGACUGUAUAGUCUUGUUCUAGCAUCUGAGACCAUUUACUCGUUGGAUACGCUCCCUGUGUUCACCAAUACUCUGCUGAACAUUACCGAGGAUGGAGGAGAUGUGUUGGUGGCGGCCAAGAAGGUGUAUUUCGGAGUAGGAGGCGGCAUUCAUGAGUUUGAGACAUUGUUGAGCGAGAGAGGUUGGAAGUUGGACGUGGUGGCAGAUAUUGACGACGCUGGAGUUGCAAGAGGAGUUUGGACGGUGAAGCAAUGA